UUAACCACUUGCUGUCUGCCUGCUGUUUAUAAAUGGCAGGGCGGUGGCACUCCAGGGGCGGGUUGCCAUUCAUAAAUGGCACCCACCAUUUCUAGCUGUGCUCGCUCCCUGGGAGCGCGCAGCACUGCGAUCCGGUGCCCGCUGGGUCCUCCGGAAACAGUGAAACAGCGAUCGUCGGACGGAACGUCUGUACGAGGUCCCGAUCAUGUGAUCACUGAUAGGCCAAUUAGUGAUCACAUGCAAAGUAGUAAACACGAUGUCACUUGUGACAUCAUUGCUUACUACGUGUGAAAUCUGUGAAUGAUGACAGAGGUCACAUGGUACAAGGCUAUUCACAACAGCCUUGUACCAUGUGCCAAGCUGUGACCAAUCACAGCUCACUCAGUAGUUCUCAUUGGCUGCAAGAAUGCAGACAGAGAGAAAGAGAAAUGGUUGCUUUUACAUCCUAUAUGGG